AAUAAAACUUUUGCUUAACCAAGUUGAAUUUUGACUAAGUCAUGCAUUCAUUAUCUUCAUACUUCUAAAGCUUCUUGAUGAUUUUGGAACUUCUUCUUAUUUCUAGAAUUUCCUCGGUCAAGUUUACACUACUUUCAACAAGGCUUGCUUGAAGGAUCUACAAAAUUUUCUAGCUCAUCUGCUACUACAUUGGCCAAUAUUAAUUCUGUUCUCAUACUUAAUGGGACAAACUUCAAGGAUUGGAAACAUGUUGAUUUUUCUUGGCUGCAUGGAUCUAGACUUUGCUCUUCAGAUCGAGCAACCCACUCCUCUUACGGAAGAAAGUUCACCUCAUGAAAAGAGGAACUUUGAGAAGUGGGAUCGCUCAAAUCGCAUGAGUCUAAUAAUCAUUGAGCGCAGCAUUUCGGAAGCCUUUAGAGGUGCAGAUACCGAAGAGGUAUCUAAUGCCAAGGAGUUCCUUGCUGAAAUUGAGAAGCAUUUUGCGAAAAAUGAUAAGACUGAAACAAGCACUCUUUUGCAGAGCUUGAUUUCAUUGAAGUAUACAGGCAAGGGGAACAUAAGGAAGUACAUCAUGGAGAUGUCUCACAUUGCUUCAAAACUUAAAGGAAUACAGCUCGAGCUGUCUGAUGACUUGCUCGUCCAUUUGGUAUUGAUUUCGCUUCCUGCACAAUUUAGUCAAUUUAAGACCAGUUAUAAUUGCCAGAAGGAGAAAUGGUCUCUAAAUGAGCUCAUUUCAUAUUGUGUGCAAGAGGAAAAAAGGUUGAAACAAGAAAGGACUGAAAGUGCUCACUUGGCAAGAACUUCUAAAGAUAAGGGCAAGAAAAAGAGAAAGGAAUAUGAAGCUACUCAUAAGGGUCCAGCACAAAAGAAAAAGAAGAAAGACAAAGGAACUUGUUUCUUUUACAACAAAACUGGACAUGUGAAGAAUAAUUGUACCAAAUAUCGCGAUUGGCGUGCAAAGAAAGGGCUGCCUGAACUACCGAAAGCCAAAUGAUGGUGAAAGAUACAUCUAUGUGGGUGAUGGCAAAUCGGUGGAAGUUGAUGUAAUACGCACUUUUAGGUUGUUAUUAAGAACUGGCUAUUAUUUGGAUUUGAAAGACACUUUCGUUGUACCGUCUUUUAGACAAAAUUUAA